CAGGCCCCAGGACGGCGCCUGGAGCAUUGCAGAUGCUCAGACUGUGCCGAGUGAAGGGAUUCAGCUGUGUUUAUUUGCUGCCCUGUCUGCGACCUUGACUAAUGGGGAGUCCUUGUGGUCCUCUGUGCUUAGCUGGUGUGGCGGCCAGUGGACAGGAGGUCCUCAGUCACAUUAUUCAGUGUGGACCCUGCUGAAUCAUGGCAUCGUGUACCCCACCAUAGCUUUUGCGGUUGACAGGUUGCAUAGCUGUCUUUUGACUUUAAAGGUGCUCCUGGAUGUGGCUGGGGCUCGAUCUUGUGACUCCAGUAGGGCUCUUUGGGCCUGUAAUGCUCUGCUGUCUGUGGAUACCGUGGGCAAGAGCAUUUCCAGUUUCCCUCCAGGACUGCUUCGGGUUCAGGCAUGAUGGUGGAUAAGAAAGAGAGCUUAAGCCUUUUGUUCAUUCGCGUGAGAAUCUAACACCGUGUUGUGUGCAGGGGAUGGAGACGCGGGGUUGUGGUGUAACGUGGCACGGCCGAAGUGGGCCUUCCAGAGGAGGCGCUAUUUGAGCCCAGCCUUGAGAAUGGGGACCAUUUCCUGGACAGGAAGGAGCCUGGCAGGUGGAGAGUUUCUGUAUCCGCGUGGCCCUUUUCCAGCUGUCGUGUGGAGGAGCCCCACCUCCUGUGGGACCGGCUGACGGAUGCGUUGGAGCAGGAACGUGGAGGGCAGAGGGGGGCGCGAGGCUGGGAGGCACCUCGCGUCCCUGUCGGCAGUGUGCGAGUCCCGUGGAGAACGACACACCCGAUGUGUGUUCAGGAAGGGAAGUCAGGUUGCAGCGUGUGUGACAGGUUGUGGGGAGGCGACUGGCGGCAAAGAGACCAUCUAGGAAGUUGUCCUCAUUUCCCAGGUGAGCAGUAAGGGCCUCAUAGAGUCACUGUUGCAGUAGGAGGAAGGGAACAGCCGCGGGAGAGCCCGGAAGACUUGGGUGGUGGUUGCAGUUGGGAGUUGAGGGGAAGAUUCGAGAAGGAUCCCUGUGGGCUUUCUUUGCCGGAGUGGAAAUAGGCAGCACAGGAGAAGGUGCGUGUUGGAGGUGAGCCCCCAGGACACGGGCCCGAGCGCGUAGGCUGAGAGCUGUGCCCGUUCCAGGUGCAGAUGGCUCAGGAGCAGUUGGAGACACGAGUCUGAAACUUCUGACUGAUGCGUAAGUCGGCGGUGGUGGCAGCCGGGUCCUUCCACGGCAUCGCCCGAGGACAUGUGCCCACGGAAGGGCCGCGGGUGGGACGCUUCCCCUCCUGGCAGGGCGGGAAGGAAGCGGCGGGCAGAGCAGCGGACCGUCGGCCAAGGGGAGGCUUUGGUGGAGGUCGGUAGAAGCGAGACGCCCCCAGGAGGAAGGGAGCGGACCCCGCAGCGAACGCUUACACGGUUCAGCAGAUGAGGAGCAGAGGCCCUGGGCGGUGGCCGUGGGGAGGACGCCCAGAGCUGCAGGGACAGCGGAGGCAGCAGAGCCGUGAGGGUGAUGGGGCUCCAUCCCGCUCCUCCUUCCAGUCCCCGAGGGGGGUUCUCCAGCUCCUGGGCCUCUGCUCGCUUCCCUCUGCUCCUUCUCCCCGCGGCUUCAUCUCCCGCCAGCUGCAGGCGACACUGCGCUUCAGCAAAGCGCCUUAGAGCUCUGGGAGCCACUUCCCACACGCUCAGCCCACCAGAUGACGGCCGCCGGGCACAGCAGCCGCCACCAGCCCCUUCCCCUGCCCCCGGUCCUGGGUUCUGGUGCCCACCUUUCUUCCCACCCCAGCUUCUCGUGUCUCACUACCUGCGGGAGAUCCCUGACUCGGCCCCCGGCAUCCUGGUUCUUCUUUUGGUGUCCUUGCUUCUCUUGAAGGUGCUACUUUUCUUCCGGUCACCCAGGAGUCACCACCUUCCCCUCCUCCCUUCUCCUCUGUGGUCGUCCUUGCCCCAGCCUUUGACAUGUGAGUCCAAGCUUUCAUCACCAGCCCAUGUUCCCUGGCUCGCCCCCGCCCCGUGUAUCCCACCCGCUGGUCCGGGGACCAGUCACCGCCCCGACUCUCCUCGGGCCGUUUUCUCCUCCGGAACACAAUCCAUCCCCGCCCCAUUUGUUAAACAAUUAUUUUGAAAUAUUUAAGAUAGAAAGUUUAUGAAGAUCCCAUGAGCAUCUGUGGGUCUAUGACCGAGCUGAAGAAGUCUCGCUUGCCCUCAGCGUCAGGCUUGGCCCCCACCCGAACGUUCUGGCUCCCGGUCGUUGCACGCACCCCUUUUUAAGAAGAGGAUGGAGUUCAGGAGGCGCGAGGGAACGUAAGGGAGUGGAGGAUUUGGAGCCUUACGUGUGAGCAGGUGACAACCCUUGGGCUUUACUGCUUGGAUCUCCUCUCGGGACUGCUGGUCAGAUGAGCCGUGGGUUGUGAAUACACUUCAUUUUCCGAAGGUCAGAAAUGGUCCGUUCUUCCUGGAUUAAACCCAAGGAGAAAUCUGUUAGGGUUUCCUUAGAAGACAGAACCAUAGUGAUCGAAUUCUUCGGGCGGAGUAUUACCCACAGGUGCUUGAUUGCCAUGCGGGAGCGUCUUUAAAGCCAGAACACACGUUAGCUCUGGCUGGGUAGAGGUAUUUCUGGGAGGGACCAGAAGGAUGCUUUACCAGCACGGAGACAGGACUGGGAGGACCAAGAUGGCCGGCCGGCCAGACCCGGCUUCCCUCCCAGAGGGAACGUGCCCCCACCUCCCUACAACCAUGAAGCAGAAGGGUUCCUGUCGUAUUUUUACAUUGGAACCUUUUCAAGAUUAUCCCUUUUUAGUUCUUUUUGCCUAGUGGAUUUGGCACUUCUUUUCAUUUGAAAAGAGGUGAAAUAAUGCUCAGAAGACUGUAAUAAUAGAACACCCUAGUGUGUCUCUAAGCGGGAGUGUCGAUGGGAACACGGGAUCCGUGCCAUAGGUUUUCUUUUAAGCUUCAGUCUUAAAUCAUCUUAUUUUGCUGCUGCAAAAUGAAUGCUGUUUUCAGGUUGAAACAAUCCCUGCCGAUAGCCUGGGUCCCCCCAUCGCCUGUUGCCGUGCCGUUCCCAGGUCCCCGGUCCCCAAGCUUGAGAGGCUGUGGGCUACCGAGCCCUCCUGUUGAAAGUCGCACAGUGGAUUUGAUGGAUUCCUUCCACCACCCGUUCAGGCUUUCAGACUUCGGAAAGGGUCUUCCCAUCACAGCCCCUGGCAGGUCCCUGGCUGACCUCGUGUCUCGCUCUGUUGAAGAGGAUUCGGCUCUAAUACUUGAUGUUCCCCUGGGUGCGAUCUCAAGAAUUGAAAAAAUGGGAGGCGCGACAAGUAGAGGAGAAAAUUCCUAUGGGCUAGAUAUUACUUGUAAAGACAUGCGGAACCUGAGAUUCGCCCUGAAGCAGGAAGGCCACAGCAGAAGAGACAUGUUUGAGAUCCUCACGAGAUACGCCUUCCCCCUGGCCCACAGUCUGCCAAUAUUUGCAUUUUUAAAUGAAGAAAAGUUUAAUGUGGAUGGAUGGACAGUUUAUAACCCAGUUGAAGAAUACAGAAGGCAGGGCUUGCCCAACCACCACUGGCGGAUCACCUUUAUUAACAAGUGCUACGAGCUCUGUGACACCUACCCUGCUCUCCUGGUGGUGCCGUAUCGCGCCGCAGAUGAAGAUCUCAGGAGAGUUGCGACGUUCCGGUCCCGGAAUCGAAUCCCAGUGCUGUCGUGGAUCCACCCAGAAAACAAGACGGUCAUCGUGCGUUGCAGUCAGCCUCUUGUCGGUAUGAGUGGGAAACGAAAUAAAGAUGAUGAGAAAUAUCUCGACGUCAUCAGGGAGACUAAUAGACAAGUUAAUAAACUCACGAUCUAUGACGCCAGACCCAAUGUGAAUGCAGUGGCCAACAAGGCAACGGGAGGAGGCUAUGAAAGUGACGAUGCGUAUCAUAACGCCGAGCUUUUCUUCUUAGACAUUCAUAACAUUCACGUUAUGCGGGAAUCUUUGAAAAAAGUCAAAGACAUCGUUUAUCCUAACGUGGAAGAAUCUCAUUGGUUGUCCAGUUUGGAGUCUACUCAUUGGUUGGAACAUAUCAAGCUUGUUCUGACGGGCGCCAUCCAAGUGGCAGACAGAGUCUCCUCGGGGAAGAGCUCGGUGGUGGUGCACUGCAGCGACGGGUGGGACAGGACUGCCCAGCUGACGUCCCUGGCCAUGCUGAUGCUGGACAGCUUCUACCGCAGUAUCGAGGGCUUUGAAAUCUUGGUCCAGAAGGAAUGGAUAAGUUUUGGACAUAAGUUUGCAUCUAGAAUAGGCCACGGGGAUAAAAACCACGCUGAUGCCGACCGAUCUCCUAUUUUUCUCCAGUUUAUCGACUGUGUGUGGCAAAUGUCAAAACAGUUCCCUACAGCUUUUGAAUUCAAUGAACAUUUUUUGAUCACAAUUUUGGAUCAUCUGUAUAGCUGCCGGUUUGGUACUUUCUUAUACAACUGUGAAUCGGCUCGAGAGAGACAGAAAGUUACAGAAAGAACCGUUUCGUUAUGGUCACUGAUAAACAGUAAUAAGGACAAAUUCAAAAAUCCCUUCUACACAAAAGAAAUCAAUCGAGUUUUAUAUCCAGUUGCCAGUAUGCGCCACCUGGAGCUUUGGGUGAAUUACUACAUUAGAUGGAACCCCAGAAUCAAGCAGCAGCCGAAUCCCGUGGAGCAGCGUUACAUGGAGCUCCUGGCCUUGCGCGACGAGUACAUCAAGCGCCUGGAGGAGCUGCAGCUGGCCAACUCGGCCAAGCUCUCUGAGCCCGCGGCCGCCCCGUCCAGCCCUUCGCAGAUGGUGUCCCACGUGCAGACCCACUUCUGAGAGGGCGCCGGGCGCAGAGGAAAGGGAACGGCCGGCUUUCCCGCGGGGCUCUGUGCAAAGUAGGUGAAGACGGUUGCCUCCACGCAGAACUCGAACUAACAUAAUCUUCACCUCUUGAACAUAUGUGCCUUCUAGAAAACGACAGUGUCUCCACGGCCAUCGGAAGAAAGGAGCCCAGAUGGGGUCUUGGAAAUUCCCAACAUCUCCCCAAAGCAGCUUUGGACAGAUAACAUUUAAGUCUCAUUUACCUCUUCAGAAAUACUAUGUGGGCAACAUGUGUUUUGUGGGCUUAAUUGGAACAACGUUUUUAACUAAAGGGGGGAAAUGUAUGCAGAUGAAAAUGGAUUUUCCGCAGAUCGCUUAUGAGAGUUGCUGUGGACCAUCCACGGCGAAUCCCAGCGGGAAAGGUGUGUGUUUCUGCCAAGACCAAAUUGAGCUCAGCUUCCGAGGCAUGACCCAACAGCAAGGUGUUUAAAUAAUUGCCAAACUUCACACCAUCAUAACGGGUGACUUAGGGAGAAAUAGCUGUGUAGAUGAGUUUUCCAUUAUUUUGAAAUUUUGGAAUACAGAGUAUUUUCCCCUAACUUCCAAGAGAAGCAUAUUUUUAUAUUUAAAAAAAAAAAAAAACCAACAACAAAACCUGAUAGGGCCCAGUCAUAUAUGAUUUGGUUGGUUGGUUGGUUUUUUAACAUCUCCAGUUCCGCCUUGUAAGUUCUUUCAUGAUCUUGCCUGACAUUCUGCCCCGUUUUCAGGCUGUGACAGCCACCCCCCCCCCCCCCCCCCCCCCCCCCGUAGCACUGUUCGAAGAUGUGAGCUGCAUCGCGCUGCUUAGGUGAAUGUUUUCGCAAAUGUUGCUCAACGCAAAACCAGCUUAUCUGCCAAAGGGGAGGGCUGCCAUCCUGGAUGUACGAACACCAUCCUUUGAAAUAAAAGCCUCAGAUGUACAUUCGUGGAGCGUAUUCAUGAAAGUAUUGUGUUUAUGAAUUUCAGUUUCAAUGGUGUUGGAUACCCCCCCCCCCAAGGCGUGCGAAAAACUGGUUCUACACAUUUUUACUUGAAGUACCCAGCGGUUUGCUUUUUCAGGUUUGUUUUGUUUUGUUUUGUAGUAUUAAAUGCAAUUUCAAAUGCAGUUCUAUUUGAUAUCUGAACUAAUUGAUCCAGUAAGUAUAUUUGUAAACGUUAAGGCUAGCGUUAAAACCAUUAAUGUGUUUUACAAUGAUUUGUAAAGGACUAUUUAUAGCUAAUAUGGUUUUGUUUUCAAUGAAUUGAGAUUAAAUAUAUCUUUGUAAAUUAUUUUAUGUCAUAGCUUAAUGGUCUACCAAAUAAGACAUCUCAAGUGCAGUAGUAUAAAUGUAUAAAUUUUGUAUGUAUAAGAAAAUUUAUUAGACAGUCUCUGGCUUUUUGUAAACGCUGUAAAUAUUUCCUAAAUUAACAAAAGUGUCACUCCCUAAAAAGAAAAAAAGCUAAUACUAAUAGCUUAAAGGAUUUUGUGAAAUUUCAUGAAAAAUGUUUCAUGGCAAAAAAUGAGUAGAAAGACCUGCUGUAAUAAAUAUAUUAACUAAACGUAGCA